CCGGCAAAACCGGCUCCACUCACUCUCUCCUUCCGGGACCCGUCCAGGCCCUUUGGUCAGUCUCUGACUCUGAACAUUCUCCAUUAACAGAUCUCUAUCUCCCUCUCUCUCCCCCGUCGGUGGAUCGGAGCUUGCCCGCAAUGUCGACGCCACCGGAUGAACCCGAAUUGCAGAACGGAGUCGAGCACGAACCCGAGACGGAACCGAAACCGGAGCCAGUACCUGAGCAUGAACGCCAACCAGAACCGACGCCGGCGCCUGAGGAGGAACCAGCCGCGACGGCCGAUGCAGAUCCCGCGCCGGGAGAAGUAGAAUCGAAUCUUCCACCUGAGAUCCAAUCCGGUGAACCAGAGAACCCUCCCCCGGCUGAAGAACCUGCGCGUCCUCAGCUUAAGAAGGACGAGGGCAGCCGAACGUUCACGAUGAGAGAAUUGCUGAACGGGUUGAAGACUGACGAGAACGAAGCGAGUUCUCCCUACAGUCAAGAGAGCACACCACAGCACACAGCAGAGCAGGACAUUGCUGCUAUGGAAUUGAUUGAUAGUGUGACUGGUGUUGAUGAGGAGGGUAGAUCCCGGCAACGAAUUCUUACGUAUGCUGCUAGGAGGUAUGCUAGUGCGAUUGCAAGAAAUCCUGGGGAUUAUGAUGCUCUAUAUAAUUGGGCAUUGGUUCUUCAGGAAAGUGCAGAUAAUGUUAAUCCAGAUUCUACGUCACCUUCUAAAGAUGCUUUGCUUGAGGAGGCCUGUAAAAAAUAUGAUGAGGCUACUCAUCUCUGCCCAACGCUUCAUGAUGCUUUCUACAAUUGGGCAAUAGCUAUUUCUGAUAGGGCGAAAAUGCGUGGCCGAACAAAGGAGGCUGAAGAGUUCUGGAAACAGGCAACGAAGAACUAUGAAAAAGCUGUGCGACUUAACUGGAACAGUCCUCAGGCACUGAACAACUGGGGACUUGCGCUACAGGAACUUAGUGCUAUUGUUCCGGCACGAGAGAAACAAACAAUUGUAAAAACUGCAAUUAGUAAGUUCCGUGCAGCUAUACAGUUGCAAUUUGAUUUCCACAGGGCCAUCUACAACCUUGGGACUGUCCUGUAUGGCUUAGCAGAGGAUACGCUAAGAACUGGGGGAUCAACUGGCGCAAAAGAGGUCUCUCCGAAUGAGCUGUACAGCCAAUCUGCUAUCUACAUUGCAGCUGCUCAUGCUCUGAAGCCAAGUUACUCGGUUUACAGCAGUGCCCUGAGACUCGUAAGAUCCAUGCUGCCACUACCCUAUCUCAAGGUUGGAUAUCUAACUGCACCUCCAGUGGGAACUCCAGUUGCCCCGCAUAAUGAUUGGAAAAGGUCGCAGUUCAUCUUAAAUCAUGAAGGUCUACAGCAGCUCAGCACAGGUGACGAAAGGCAGAUUCCGCUGAGCCUUUCUAGCAGAUCAGGAGAUAUGGUCAACUCUGAUGGAAGAAUUGUUAAAGUCAACAUUCCUGAUAUUGUGUCAGUAUCAAUAAGCGCUGAUCUGACUUUACCACCCGGCCCUGCCCUCUGCAUUGACACAAUUUACGGGCCAGUAUUCUUGAUUGCUGACUCCUGGGAGUCGUUAGACGGGUGGCUGGAUGCAAUUCGUCUGGUUUAUACUAUCUACGCACGAGGGAAGAGCGACGUACUGGCAGGCAUCAUAACAGGGUGAUUCUUUUUUCUUUUUUUUUGUUCUUUUUUCUUUUUCUGUUUGUUCCCGGCUAUUGUUGGCCGGUGUAUCACAGUUGAUGUCUGUAUUAAGGAGUUGGACAGUUUUAUAAGCAUUUUGGUAUCUUGAGUUAAUUCAAAUUUUGAUCUCGCACAACA